AUGUCGGGUUCCCAAGUUUUGACCUUUACAGUUGGAGCGGCGGCUGGGGUGUGUGUUGCCAGUGCGCUCUUCUGGGCUACGAAACGUGAGAAGUCUCCUAAAGCUGUGGCUACGGAACCAGCGCCUGACGCCAGCAACGGCAUCAACGGCAUCAACGGUGUCAACGGCGUCAACGGCGUUGCCGAGAAGACGCCCGAGAAAGCGCCCGAAGCCGAAGAGAAGAACCAGGUGCCAGCCGAAGAUCGUCCAGCAGAUGCGCCUGAAAGCUGCCCGGGUGUCAGUAGUGAACAAGCUGGUAAGAGUUCCUCCUGUAACGGAUGCCCGAACCAGUCCCUAUGUGCAUCGGGUGAAGCAAAGAAGAAAGAUCCAGCACUGGCAGAUGUGCAAGAUCGACUUGCCAAGGUGAAACGGAAGAUUUUGGUGUUGUCAGGCAAGGGCGGGGUGGGCAAGAGCACAGUCUCCGCACAGCUGUCCUUCGGUUUCUCCGCACGCAGCAUGGAUGUGGGCUUGCUGGACGUGGACAUUUGUGGCCCCAGCGUGCCACGCAUGUUGGGACUCCUAGGGCAAGACGUUCAUCAGAGCUCCGAAGGCUGGUCCCCGAUCUAUGUGGACGACCACUUGGCGGUGAUGUCCAUUGGUUUCAUGUUACCCAACCAGGAUGAUGCCAUCAUUUGGCGUGGGCCCCGCAAGAAUGGCCUCAUUAAGCAGUUCUUGACCGACGUGACCUGGGGUGAGCUCGAUGCCCUGAUCAUCGACACUCCACCUGGAACCUCUGAUGAGCACUUGUCGAUCGUGACCUACCUUCAAGAUGCCAAAAUCGAUGGAGCCAUCAUUGUCACAACUCCUCAGGAAGUGAGCCUGAUGGACGUGAGAAAGGAAAUCAACUUUUGUCGUCGCGUGAGUUUGCCGGUGCUGGGAGUGGUGGAGAACAUGAGUGGCUACUGCUGCCCCUUGUGCGGCCAUACGGAGCGCAUCUUCUCGCCCUCCACGGGUGGCGCACAGGCCAUGUGCCAACAGAUGGAUGUGCCCUACCUGGGCAGCGUCCCCUUGGACGGCCGGGUGGCGGCCGCAGGGGAUCAGGGGAUGCCCCUGGCGCAGCUGCAGCCAGAUGGGCCCGUGGCCAAGUGCAUCGACAAGGUGAUUGAUGCCAUCCUGAAUCCAAGGAUCAAUAAGCAAUUGGUUCCGUUCAUUGGCCUGCCAUUGUCGCUCACAGCAUCCUACGUGCUGGAUUUGCGUCCGCCAGUCAAAUUUGAAAUGGCGUGCGACAUGUCCGAAGAACUCCAAGCAAAGCUUGAAAGGCCUGCCUUCGAUACCACGCCGAAAACAUGCGUUGACGUUGAAAGGCAUGAGGUGGAGCAACCAGAGGCUCCAACGCCUUCAUUGAGUUCUCCGGAUCUCCCGGAGCGGCCCUUCAGCGCUUCCAAAGACAGAUCCGUUGUUGGCGCCGGUUUCGUGAAGCUCUCGGAAGUGGAAGCCACGCAACGCUUGAACGACUCCUUGGGGCAGGAAAAUCUGCAGCUGGAAGCCGAAAUUUCGAAGGUCUUGAGGCAGAAUUUGUGUCUGCGUGAGAACAUCGCCAGUCCGCAUGGAGUUUGCCCUCGAGCACGAAGCGAAGUAGGAUGCCAAGAAGAUUCCUCGGCCUAUCUUCGGCCUUUGCACAACAUCACCGGCUCAAACCCGCAUCACUUUGGGACGCAGAGCUCGGGUGGUCGCGUCCAACUGCGGACAAGGUCCAUGGCGCCUGCCUCUUUGGAUUUGUCAUUGGAUGAGGUGAUUCAAGCCUCAAAGGGUGACAAGGGAAGCGGUAAGGGUCGAGGGAAACGUGAUGCCCCGGCCAAAGAAGAGGAAACGGUCAGUCUGGACAUGAGCCUUGACGAGCUGAUUGAGAAGGAUUACCUUCCUCCCAAGGGCAAAGGAAAAGGUUGGUCCCGUGACAACGACUGGGCACAAAAGCCAGGCAACAAAAGUUGGGAAAGUCAAAGCUGGGAGAAGACCAAAACCACCACAGGAGGUGGUGGGGGCGUUGCAUCUUGGAAGGGCUGGAAGGACACCACCGAUGGCUGGAAGGGAAACAAGAGCUUCAACGACAGCUGGAGCGUGGGAAAUGAUUCCUGGAAGGCACCGGUGCCUUGGAAGGCUGAAACUUCCUGGAGUCCGAAGAAAGAUUGGUCUGCAAGCGGAGGUAAAAGCUGGGAGGACGACUGGAAACCCAAGCCCCGAAAUGAUGAUUGGUCCUCCAAGACGACUUGGAACACCCAGCGGGAGAGUGGCAAAGGUACCUCAGGUACCUGGGACAAGUGGGGCUGGGGAGCCCCAAAGCCAGCCUGGGAGAUGCCUCGACAGGCCUGGCGUCCCACCAACGAACAGGAACGCGAGGAGCGUUGGAACGGACGCGCGGAACGCAUGGAUCGCAUGGAUGCCUGGGACCGAAGAGAGGACCGAUCCGAUCGCUACUCGCGCCCUGCGAACGAUGGCUAUGCACGGCGCUCCGAUGGCUACGGCGGAGACUCCUAUGAUGUGAGAGACCGCAGAGGUCCGGCGCGCGACAGGUCCAGGACUCCGCCAAGGAGGAAUUACUUCGACGACGUUCCCAGGGGCAAUGUGAUCUUGGUGAAGAAUAUUCCUUUGGGUCUCGAGUCGCGGGACAUCAGAGAUGCCUUUCAAUCGGCAACUGGCACAGUGACAAGCUGCAAAAUGGGCAAUGAUGGCACGGCACGGAUAUCCUUUGAAAGGCCAGAGGAUGCUAAGAAAGCUGUGGCGACCUUUGACCACGGCGAGCUGAAUGGCAAGAUUAUCCGCGUCAACAUCACGGGAUAGCCGGAUAGCCGCGGCGAGCAUGGCAUGGCGGCAUGGCGGCAUGGCGCAUGGCGCAUGGAAGAGAGAGAUCCAGGGGCACCCAAUGGGUAAACCGACCCAGAGGGUUAGGAAAAUGUGUGAAAAAGUGGGGUAGCGAAGAAACUGCUGAAAGUGGGGC